CAGGAAACGUGCAGGGCAGCAAUGUACAGGUGUGCGAUAUCUGCAGGACAGGGGUCAGACCCGGUUGCUCCGGUGGUGUGCCAGGAGGUUUGGUCAUUUGACGACGAAGCGGGGAUAGCGAGGCUUGUGGGCCUGCAAGCUCUGUGCCCAGAGGUGCACCUGGCAAAGCAUGUGCUCGUCCAGGUCGACGACAAGCAGCGCCAGACUGCCAUGUGGACGCUGCAGGCCAUGAACGAGUGGAGCAUCAUGGAAGCAGAGGAGUACCUUCAGUACUUGGAGGGCGUGAUACAGCAGAGGAAUAAGAUGAAGUGGCGGCUGGACAUGUCGUGGCUUCAGUCCAAAGGGAUUGAGGUUCCUAAUAUGAUCAAAGCUGAGUGAAAAUUGGCAGUGGGGCCCACUCCGAUGUUGAGGAAUACCCCGGCUCAUGUUGUGUACAUUAACAUUGGGGGCAAGCACCAAGUCAUUUUGUUGAUUUUAAGUUUAAAUUGUUCUUGUACAUGCGAGGAAAUUGACGGCCUCAAUUGCAGUUUCAGAGGGACCUGUGGCAGGUCUGAGCUCUAGAGCUUUUGUUAACUGUCCUACACAUGUGGACAGGGACUCCCUGUGUAUUUGGGAGAAUGCGGAACUGGCAAACAGCAUUGCCCCAUAGCUGUCCUCGUUUAAAACCAGAAGUUCUUGAUU